UUAAAAAGUACAUUAAAAGUUCAACAAAACAAGUGGUGACAAGAAUAUUUUAUUUUAUCAUAUAGGCCAUGAAAAAACACAAAUAAAUAUAAAUUCUUGUGAAGUUGGAAUAGUGCUCUGGGAAGAAAGUUUAAUGACGGAGGGAGUAAUUCUUUCGUCUCUUCCCUUUUCUAAAACUUUUCAAUCUUUCCCAGUUCAAUCGAGUUCAUUUUGGGUAUAUGAGAGCACUGGCAACGGCGUGCCAUUUUAGGUGCCACGCUGCCAGAUCAGAUCUGCCUUGCACCAACUCAGCAAUUGCCUCGCUUUCCUUGUGCGUUCUCCCACGCGCUGCACCCCUGCCUUCCCGUCACAUACUCACUUUGCAUCGCACCAGAGAGACGCCAGAACACCGGCCGGCCACCAUCGCUGACAAAGUUCCCGAUGGUUUUGUUCCCUUCGUCAAUCAAAAAGGGUGGCAUAGAGUCGUCUUCUCUAUCACUUCUGUGUCAUAUAACAUCUGGAUGGAGCUUUUACACAUUGCCGUGCUACAAACGAGAUUUUCCCUCCUCUGGUUGGUCUGCAUAUUGAACUUUUUUGGGACAUUGCGCCUAAGUAUGUGCUGAGGAUAUAUAUUCGGCUUAGUUGUGCUAUUUGUCAUCAAACUUUUGGUUGGAAAUGCUGAUUCAAGGCUGAUUGAGGGUGAUCAUCAGGCUUAUACUGCCAAAAUGUUAUAUGCUUGAAGACAAAAUGACGACAAUAUGUCAUCACUACACAGACUUAUGGGUUUGAUUACAUGUAUCUAUGUUUUUCAUUAGGUUUUUGUUGAAUGUAUUGGACAAUUUUUGUAAUCUUUUUUUUGAGAGGCUUCGGUUGGGUCCUCUCCUAGUGUACUCUUACU